UUUCUAAUUAGUGUCUUCUUGUACCUCCAGUUGAAAGCAUGUCUUCAUUCACCUGUAUAUCGUGCCGUGUGGCGUUUGCGUCAGCGGACCUGCAGCGUGCUCACUACAAGUCCGACUGGCACAGGUACAACCUGAAGAGAAAGGUGGCGGAACUGCCGCCAGUCACCGCUGAAAACUUUCAGCAGAGAGUGAUGGCACAGAAAGCACAGGUUGCAGAGUCAGAGAGGGAGACUUGUUCUCAGUGUGCUAUCUGUAAGAAGUUCUUCAACACCCAGAAUGCCUUUGAAAACCACAUGAAAUCCAAAAAGCACAAGGAAACUGAGGCUAAACAGGUGCAGAAGAUCCAAUCAGAGGUGGAGAAACAAAAUCAGAAGAACAGAGAGAAGGGUUAUGACGUAGCCCAUGAGCGAGCCCAGAAGGACACAGUAAACAAGGCCUUAGCUGAGGCCAGAAAGUCCCCAGGCCCGGUCAAGAGGAAGGUCAACAGUCUGGACCCUGCCAAGGUGGAGGCAAUCAGGCAGCUCAGGGGCAGAGGUCACAGGUCAUCACAGAGGUCAAGAUCUCAACCUGAUGAUGAAGAUGAAGGAGAAUGGGAAGAUGAAGAUGAGGAGGAAGUUAUAGGAGGAGACGAGGAGAUGGAGAUAGAGGAUUCCUCUGAGGAGGAAGUGGACUACCCCGGCACUCCUCUGACAGAGAAACAGUGUCUGUUCUGUGCACGGGAGGGGGACAGCUUAGACAACAACAUGCAGCACAUGACGGUGGAGCACAGUUUCUACAUACCAGAUGUGGAGUACUUAGCAGAUCUGGAAGGACUCAUCAGAUAUCUGGUUGAAAGCAUGUCUUCAUUCACCUGUAUAUCGUGCCGUGUGGCGUUUGCGUCAGCGGACCUGCAGCGUGCUCACUACAAGUCCGACUGGCACAGGUACAACCUGAAGAGAAAGGUGGCGGAACUGCCGCCAGUCACCGCUGAAAACUUUCAGCAGAGAGUGAUGGCACAGAAAGCACAGGUUGCAGAGUCAGAGAGGGAGACUUGUUCUCAGUGUGCUAUCUGUAAGAAGUUCUUCAACACCCAGAAUGCCUUUGAAAACCACAUGAAAUCCAAAAAGCACAAGGAAACUGAGGCUAAACAGGUGCAGAAGAUCCAAUCAGAGGUGGAGAAACAAAAUCAGAAGAACAGAGAGAAGGGUUAUGACGUAGCCCAUGAGCGAGCCCAGAAGGACACAGUAAACAAGGCCUUAGCUGAGGCCAGAAAGUCCCCAGGCCCGGUCAAGAGGAAGGUCAACAGUCUGGACCCUGCCAAGGUGGAGGCAAUCAGGCAGCUCAGGGGCAGAGGUCACAGGUCAUCACAGAGGUCAAGAUCUCAACCUGAUGAUGAAGAUGAAGGAGAAUGGGAAGAUGAAGAUGAGGAGGAAGUUAUAGGAGGAGACGAGGAGAUGGAGAUAGAGGAUUCCUCUGAGGAGGAAGUGGACUACCCCGGCACUCCUCUGACAGAGAAACAGUGUCUGUUCUGUGCACGGGAGGGGGACAGCUUAGACAACAACAUGCAGCACAUGACGGUGGAGCACAGUUUCUACAUACCAGAUGUGGAGUACUUAGCAGAUCUGGAAGGACUCAUCAGAUAUCUGGGAGAGAAGGUGGGAGGUGCUUUUUUCUGCCUAUACUGUAAUGAGAAGGGGAGAACCUUCUACAGUCUGGAGGCAGCACAGGGCCACAUGAGGGACAAGGGUCAUACCAAGAUGCUGAUGGAGGGGGAGGCCAUGCUGGAGUAUGCUGACUUCUAUGACUUCAGGAAGAGUUACCCUGACUACCAGGCAGAGGGAGCAGCAGGAGGAGAGGAGGAGGAGGAAGAACCAGUGGAGAAGGAGGAACUCCGAGUCACAGAUGACGAAACACAGCUUGUACUUCCUUCAGGAUCCAGAAUUGGCCAUCGGGCCCUGCAGAGAUACUGGAGACAGAACCUGAUACCAUCCAUGAGCCACAGGACCUCGGGUAGGGAGGCAGUGGGCAGACUCAUGGCACAGUACAAGGCACUGGGAUGGAAGGGAGACUAUGGAGAGGCUGCACAGAAGAAGGUUCGUGACAUGCAGUUUGUUCAGAAACUCAAGUCCAAACAACGUAUGCAGAUGGGCGUCAGGAGCAACAAGUUCCAAACACACUUCAGACCACAAGUUGUGUUCUGAGCUAACUACAUUGGACUGGACGGAUACACUAAUCUUCUCUAUGUGACGUCUUGCCUGGGAUGCUAUGCAAAACCCUUCAGCAAGCCUCACUUGAUCAGGCUAGCAACUGCCUAUGUACAAAAUGUAUUAAUGUACAUUGUGAAGAGUUAGAAGUUCAAGAUAUUUGACUGAGUGUUCUUUUUCUUGUAAGUGAAGUUUAGAAAAUAUGAAGUACCAGUAUACACUGCCAGCUAUAAAAAGGUAGAAAAUAUAAAGAAAAUAUAAAACAUCUUGCUCUAUUGUGAGAUGCUUGACUAAAAAAUUCAAAUUGUGAUGGAGUGAAAUUUGAUGAAACUGGUACAAAUAUUGGGGAUGUCAAGUUUACAGAAUGCCAAGUUCAUACAAGUAGCAAUCGUCUAGUUAACUAAAGUUAACUUUAUCGGGUUUAAAGAAUCAUAGGCAUUAUAAUGUUGCAUCAUACUGUUAAGUAUACUCAGGCACAAUGUAAAGAUUUUUGAAACAUAACUUUAAUACCAGCCAGAUCUCUACAACAUAUACAGAGGGUACAAAAAUGAGAGUAACAUAUUUGAGACAUUCAGUAUCUUUAUUUCAAUGUACAUUCAAAUCACUGCAACACAAAUGUAUGAAUAUAUCAGAUGACUAAUAAAAAUGUAUUACAGAAUAA